AUAAAUAAUUUACACAAUAUAUGCAUUAGUUCUGUAACUUAAAUAUGACUUAUUCUUGAUUUAUUUAGCUGGUAAUUAAAUAUUAUUCAUCCAAAAUUGUUCAUCUGUUCUGCUCACCACCCAUUAGGAACCUCAGUGAACUAAAGAGCUGGUUAACACAAACUUGUAUUUGAUGAAUAAUACGUGCUGUUGGUUAAAAUUAGAUGUUUAAAUCAAAUAAGAACAGAAGACAAGGUUCAUAAGCUGCUAAGGAAUAUAUAACUUUUUACGUUUAAUAAAAUAAAGGGUAUAUAUAUAUAUCUGUGUGUGUGUGUGUGUGUGUGUGUGUGUGUGUGUGUGUGCGUGUAAUAUUAUGUAUAAAAUAAAAAAGCUUUAUUCCAAAGUGUGCUUACACACACAAGGAUUUUUCCUUGGUAAAUACAGCUACCAGUCCACAUAUUCUAAUGUAACAAGAAGAAACAAACUAAUCAAAUUAAAAAAAUAUAAAAUUGUAUAAAGGCACCAUAGGUUGAGAGUCAAUAAACUACUACUACAAUGACUAAAUAAGUGAAACAGAAUACUAAUAAUGCAGUGUGCUAAUGAGGAAGUGAUGUGUACUUCUUAUGUGAAUAAAUGUCAAAAUAAAAUAAAGAAAAUAACAUAAAACCGAAUAAUUUAAAAUAAAACAAAAUAAAUAGAACACUCUGACACUUUGACUGUGACAUUAUAUAUACCAUUUAUAUUUUCAUGUACAACUGUAUUUUUUAUAUAUAUAUAUAUAUAAAUGUUUAAAAACACCAUGACAUCGCCAUUGUAUAUGCCAAAAACAUGAUAUUGCAUUGGUUUUGCAAUAUCCAAUAACAUUUUAGUACUUGUUUGUCAGCAUUAAUUAUAUUUAAUCAUAAAUUAAUAUUUUAUUGAAUUAAAUGUAGUUGUAAUUUUGCAAUUCAAUUUCAACAACACUGAGACCAUGAAAUAUUUGUAUCAUCCUGGUACUUUAUCUUUGUUUUCUCUGCUUCCUUUGCUUCCUCCUGAAAUUCCAGAUAAGCCUAGACAUCGCUGUCUAUUCAGUUUAGCACUCCAAACAUGGAACCAACCAAUAUUUGAACACUAAAAAUAUCCAGAUGUCACUGCAUUAGAACAAAAUCUCAUUUUUUUGCACACGCUGAUGAAUCGAUCACAGUAAGAGCAGGAACAAGUAUCAGGAUUUUUGAUGGUGAUUUUGUGUCUCUCUGCAGUGUGUGUGUGUGUGUGUGUGCUGCUGGCAUGUGGUGUUUUGCGCUCGUGUUGAAGGUGGUGCUGUCAUUGCUGGGCAGUGAGAUGACCGUGGCUCAGCUCUCGUGUCCUGAGGUGUGUUCAUGUGCGGCCGGUGUGGUGGACUGCAGUAAACGCAGCCUCACCACGGCCAGCCUGCCCUCCUCCUUCCCUCCACACACCACCGAACUCCACCUGAACGAUAACCACCUGACAGCUCUGCCCAACGGCCUGCUGGACUCACUGCCCGCCCUGCGCCUGGCCGCUCUCCAUGGCAACCCGUGGUCAUGUGACUGCAGCAUCCUUUACCUGAGAGGCUGGCUGCUCAAACAGAGAAACAACAAUUCCAUACGGAACGUCAGCUGCAGUUCUCCUGCUCACCUGCGGGGGCGCCUGCUCGUGUACCUGUCCGAGCAGGAGCUGCUGGACUCCUGUCGUUACUGGCUGUGUAAUCUGGCUCUGGCCUCUCAGAUCAGCCUCUUCAUCUUCAUCACUGUGCAGGUGCUCCUGCUGGCCUCUGUCAUCCUCUUCCUCCGGAGGUUCGAGCUGCUCACCCGGGAGGCGCGACGCACGGCCGCGGAGAGCUUCACGGCGGAGGAUGACGCGACGCUGAGCCAUGAAUACGCGACGCUAAAAGACAGGAGAUUUUAGGACGAGAAAGUCUCAAACCAGACCGAAAGAAACAACUGUGU